GGUUGAACACACAACAUGGCCGCGUUUUGGCAUUCUAUAAAAUGGUGGACUUCCGUGCUCGGAUGGCUUGGAGCGUUGGCUUCGUGGUUUCAGAUAGUUGUAGUGCUAGGUUUCGGUAGAGAAGAGAUACUCCAGUAUAAAUGGAAGUUUGCGGUAUUCGUCUUUUUGUGGAUAAUAAUCACUUGCUCAUAUUUUAACGCGAUGUUCACUGUGCCUCAACCUGUUCCAAAGAAGUACCACAUAGAAGAGCUAUUUGAUGAAGACGAAAAAAACGUUCGGAUAAGGAAGAAAGCAUCUACUUUGAAUGUGUUUACGGUGAAUUACUGCGAAACAUGUCACUGUAUAAAGCCGUUACGCACGCAUCAUUGUAAGAUGUGCCGUCGCUGCGUACUUCGUAUGGAUCACCAUUGUCCUUUACUGCAAGUAUGCAUCCAUCACCACAACCACAAAUUCUUCCUUCUAUUUCUUUUCUGGCCAUGCACUCUUGGUAUUUACGUUACUAUAAUCACAAUUCCCUUCGUCUGUCGAACUGUACAGAACAUCUGGAACGGAGCAGCGCUCUCAUCAGAGCACCACCUCCUUAACAGUGCGAUCAUGAAUGCUGUGGUGAUAGCAAUAUCUGUUGGUUCCCUGUUGCGAACCCAAAUUCAAAGCCUAAUUCUGAAUCGAACCACUAUUGAAGAUUCACAAUUGAGUUUUAUCGACGAAGAUGAACUGAGCAAUGGAUUUUCGCUAUUUGAUCUAGAAACAAAGCUUAAGAAUUUCUGCUCAAUCUUUGGAUCUUCUCCAACAACAUGGCUCUUGCCUAUAUUCACUACGCCUGGCGACGGUAUUAACUAUCCGUAUAUAGUCCGUUAUGGCAAAGAAUUGGUGGGACAGGGCGGGCCACCUCGGAAGAAACGAUUUUUCGAAAUAUGCUAGAUGGAGUGGUCUUACAAUGAACAGCUUCAUUUUUUUCGAAUUCUACGACUUUCUUAAAAAUUAUAUUAAUAACAAACUUAUAAUUGUACUCUUCAACAAUGAAAAACUUUGUGUUGUACGUAUUUCAAGAACUUGCUACCUUAUCUGCAAAAGAACCCAGCUAUUUUUUUCGUGUUUCACUCUUGAGUGGACUUUUCAUCAGCAAAUCACUACUUUUUGAUUUGCCUGACACUUCACACAUCUAAUUUAAUCCAAUUUUUUGAGUGCAAACCACCUUUCACUACCGUUCAAUGCUGACAACUCCUUGGCCUCAUCCUCCUUCCACUAGAGAUUAUAGGAUAGCCGGCCACUCUUGCCCCUUCGAUAAGCUGCUUUGUUGGUAAACU